AUGGAGGAACUGCAAGAAGUAACAAUACAAUAUGUUAAUUGUGGAGAGCCUAUCGAAAGUGCUGCUAGACUAAAAAGAGUACUGGAGGGUGAAGAAAAAGGAAUGAUGGCUGAAACUUCUGCUGCUAUCAUCUCUGCAAGGAGUGAAGACCAACUCAACACAGAAAGCAGUUUUUUCAGAGGAGAGCCCUCAAGAGUGCGAGAUAUUGAACAACACCCAAAUCAAAAUGAAGAAAACUCCUUAUCCGCAAUGGACCAGGAGCCGGUCAAUAAGAAGAGAGGUCGACCUCCAAUCAAAAAGACUUCUGAAAUGCCCUGCAAAGGAAACCAAGAGAAAGUCAGACGAAAGAAAAAACCAAAAAUCACAAGGAUCUCCCCCCUCUCCAGAGUUGUUAUAAACAGAGCCUUUCCACAAGUUCUGAACCAAGCGACAAGAUUUAACCUGGCGGCACUAGCUCCACGACAGAGUCCAGCACCUGAAAAUCGUCAAACCCCUGCCCCUAGGCAAAUUUCUACAUCUUCCGGCUUACCUCCAAGAAGCUCGCCUGCACCUCCAAGGGACUCAAUGGAUUUUCGAGAUCCGUCAGUCCAACGUUUACGGGAGCUACAAAAGAAAGUAGAUCCUGAUAUAGUUUUCCUCAAUGAGACUAAAAAUGAAGAAGCUUUUAUAAAGAAAAAACUCGAUCUUACUUCAUAUGAGUCUCUCUUCUUCGUUCCACCUCAGAGUCCUGGCGGAGGCGGACUCGCACUUUUCUGGAAGCACGACUUAUCUCUGAGUGUCUCAUCUGCAUGCAAUAAUUACAUCGACACAAAUAUAAGUCACAAGAACAACACCUUCGUAGCAACCUUUGUCUACGGGGAGCCAAAUCAAGCCAACCGAAAAGCAAUGUGGCAAAACUUAACCGAUAUGGCAGCAGGAAGAGAUCUUCCCUGGUUCCUGACUGGAGAUUUCAAUGACAUACUGGAUAAUGAUGAGAAGUCAGGAGGUCCACCCAGAGCUGAAUGCACUUUCGGAGAUUUCAGAGCUUUUGUCUCACAAAACAAUCUUUAUGACCUAAGACAUGUGGGGAACUACCUAUCUUGGAGGGGUAUAAGGUGA